AUGAGCGCAGUAUUUGUGCUUCUACAACAUGUGGCUAUUGUUCAUAUUAUUUCGGUUGACUGUGCUAAAAAUUAUUCGUACACCGGAGCCCCUACACUGGAUGAAAUAUCUGUGAUGGUGACCGGCUUUGCGUAUGAAAAUGGCAAGAGAAUUGUAUGGGAUGACGCAUACGACGAGAGAAGCAAUUUGAAAUAUGUCAUGCUGUUUUAUUCUAUGCUCAGAACAAGUGAAUACGCGUUGUACCAAAAUUCAUCUAUCCGUGAAGCGUUUCUUGGUAUCGGCUCAUAUGAAAUCCAGAAAGGAUCUGCAUGCAUUAGAAUUAAGCUCGUAUUUAAUAAAACAGCAUUACAACGCCGAAAAGUAAAUUUCCAAUCAGCGGAAUUUUUGCGAACAAUAUUUGAUCUAUUCAAAUCUUAUGCAAACUGCGGUGACCUGGGUGACCAAAUUUAUUUUGGCAUAAUAAUAGAAAUUGCAAGUGAGAUCGACGGCACUACUUACUAUUUUCAUCCGAACGAAGUAUUUACGCGUCCUGAAGAAAGAACAGAUUAUUCCCAGUCACAAUGUUCAGGCUCCUCAACUAACAAUCCAGCAAGGCACAUAUGGAUUAUCCUGCUGAUGAAAUGCACAAAGACAUUACUGUGA